CAUUAACUUCACUAAUUUACUCUGCCUUUAUUCUUUCCUUGUUAGAAAGUUCAAACUAUUGAGGGAUACUGCAAAUAGAUUGGAGCUGCUGCUGUUGCUGCUUUGUAAUCCCCUUCUUCUGCGUCUCGUCUCUCUACUUGCUGCUGCUGCUGAUGGAGAAUCGGCUUCUUCUCCUCCUCCUCAUCUUUGCCCUCUUCCAUCCCUUACCGUCUGCAACAUCGCAGUCGUUCAUUGGGGUCAACUACGGGCAGGUGGCCGACAACCUCCCACCGCCGUCGGUUACGGCCAAUCUCGUGCAAUCCACCACCAUCUCCAAGCUCCGCAUUUACGGCGCUGAUGCUGCAGUCAUCCAGUCCUUCGCGGGUACCGGUAUCUCUCUCGUCAUCGGUGUCUCCAACGCCGACGUCGCCUCGCUUGCCGCCGACCCCAAUGCCGCCGCCGGCUGGGCGGCCGCCAACGUGUUCCCCUACGUCAACGCGUCCUCCAUUUCCAUCGUCACCGUCGGCAACGAGGCACUCGAAUCCGGCGACUCAUCCCUCGCGUCCAAUCUUCUCCCGGCCAUGCAGAAUCUGCUUUACGCGCUCUCCGCCUCCACUGCUGUCUCCGCCGUGAAAGUUUCCACCGUCCACACGAUGGACGUGCUGUCCCAAUCGGACCCGCCGUCGUCGGGCGCUUUCCACCCAGAGCUCGUCGACACUCUCAAGGGCAUCCUGGGCUUCCUGCGGGAUUCCGGUUCGCCCUUCAUGAUCAACCCGUACCCUUACUUCGCCUACCGCAGCGACCCGCGGCCGGAGACGCUGGCCUUCUGCCUCUUCCAGUCCAACCCCGGCCGGCUCGAUGCGGGGUCGAAGCUCACCUACGCCAACAUGUUCGACGCCCAGGUGGACGCCGUGCGGUCGGCGAUCAACGCUCUGGGGUUUCCGGAGGUGGAGAUAGUGGUGGCGGAGACGGGGUGGCCGUACAAGGGGGACCCCGACGAGGUAGGGGCGACGGUGGACAACGCAAAGGCAUUCGUCGGGAACCUGGUGGCCCACUUGCGGUCGCUGGUGGGUACCCCGCUGAUGCCCGGGCGGUCGGUGGACACGUUCCUCUUCGCGCUGUACGACGAGGACCUGAAGCCCGGACCCACCUCCGAGCGCUCCUUCGGCCUCUACCGUGCCGACCAGACCAUGAACUACGACGCCGGCCUCGCCAAGUCCAGCUCCACCGCCAAUGCAAGUCCGCCGCAGUCGAACGCGACGUCGAACCCGACGCAGCAGUCGCCACCUACUGCGCCAGCGGGGUUGACCCAGCCGGCGGGGUGGUGCGGGCCUGGUGCGACGCUGCCGGCGGCAGCGGGCGGCGGGUCGUUGCAGCCCGCGGUGCAGUGUUUCUCCGCCGUUGGAUCUCGCGCUGCGGUGACUCUGGGCCGCCUCUUUUCCUACAUGGCGCUGACGAUGUCGAUACUAAGGCAGUAGCACAAGCAAGGCAGCCAGCCGCCAGUGCGGAUAUUUAAAAAGAAAUAACAAUAAAUCUUGGGAGAACGUUGAAGGUUUUGUUGAAUGUGUGGAUUGCAAGGUUUCAUGAUGUUCUGUUCUCCGUUUAGAAGAAGAUAAGUCUGUGCACAAGCAACUGUACAUUAACGUGGCUACAGAGAGAAGCAUUUGAAAGCGUGGCAGGAAAGGAUUGAUUAAUAAUGGCGAUGUUUAUUCUUGUUUUUUUUUUGUCUCACUGGGUGAAAAGGUGUCAAAGGGAAAAAAAAAUAA